GCGCAGCCUUGCCCUUCUCCCCGAGCCCUUCCCUCCCUUAGCUCUGCUCCGCCUCCGGCGCUGCCGCAUUUCAUUCUGGGAGUCGUAGUUUGGCCGGCAGCGCCCGGAAGGACGGAAGGGCACCGGUGUCUAGCCGGUCCUCUUGCUACCAGGGGUCGCGUUUCUUCUUCUGCUCCCUUUCGUUCUCUCCUGCGUACCUUCUGUGAGCACGGCUUCCUCUGUCUGUGCCACCGUUUCUCUUUUGGGUUCCAAUAAAGUUUUCCUCUUCCUCCCUUUGUACAGAGCUCAAGAUGGCGGCCUCCUGGUCGCCCUUGGUUACGCUGCGCUUAGUGCAGAGCCGCCUGAGAGGGAGAUGUGUUGGGUGCGGGGCCUGGGCUGCUGCUCUCGCCCCUCCGGCCACCGCCCCUGGAAACACCUUUUGGAAAGCCUAUACAGUUCAAGCAACUGAGAUUAUGUCUCCAACUGCGGCUACAGAGGUUUAUUCAAAAGCUUUGGCUGUUUGCCAUGGACCACUGGACCACUAUGACUUUCUGAUCAAAGCUCAUGAGCUAAAGGAUGAUGAACAUCAAAGAAGAGUCAUACAGUGUUUGCAGAAAUUACAUGAGGACCUUAAAGGAUAUAGUAUAGAGACAGGAGGCCUGUUUUCAAAGCUUUUUUCAAGGAGCAAACCUCCAAGGGGCCUGUAUGUUUAUGGAGAUGUUGGUACAGGGAAAACAAUGGUGAUGGACAUGUUUUAUGCUUAUGUGGAAAUGAAGAGGAAGAAACGGGUUCAUUUUCAUGGUUUCAUGCUAGAUGUUCAUGAAAGAAUACACCGCCUUAAACAGAGUUUGCCAAAAAGGAAACCAGGAUUCAUGGCUAAAUCAUAUGAUCCAAUAGCUCCCAUAGCUGAAGAAAUCAGCGAAGAGGCAUGUCUCUUAUGUUUUGAUGAGUUUCAGGUCACUGACAUUGCUGAUGCCAUGAUUCUGAAACAGCUUUUUGAAAAUCUGUUCAAAAAUGGGGUCGUCGUUGUGGCAACAUCCAACAGGCCACCGGAAGAUCUCUAUAAAAAUGGACUCCAAAGAGCUAACUUUGUACCAUUUAUUGGCAUCCUAAAGGCAUACUGUAAUACGGUCCAGCUAGAUUCUGGAAUAGAUUACCGGAAAAGGGAACUUCCUGCUGCAGGAAAACUCUACUAUCUCACAAGUGAAGCUGAUGUGGAGGCUGUCAUGGAUAAGUUGUUUGAUGAGCUGGCUCAGAAACAAAAUGAUUUAACUAGACCAAGGAUUCUAAAAGUGCAAGGCAGAGAGCUGCGGCUGAAUAAAGCCUGUGGAACUGUUGCCGACUGCACAUUUGAAGAGCUGUGUGAGAGACCACUUGGAGCCAGUGACUAUCUGGAACUAGCGAAGAAUUUUGAUACGGUAUUUUUACGAAACAUUCCACAAUUUACUCUGGCAAAGAGGACGCAAGCUCGAAGAUUCAUAACUCUCAUUGAUAACUUCUAUGAUUUCAAGGUGCGCAUAAUUUGUUCUGCAUCGACUCCUAUAUCAAGCUUAUUUUUGCAUCAACAUCAUGACAGUGAGUUGGAGCAUAGCAGAAUACUGAUGGAUGAUUUGGGGCUGAGCCAGGACUCAGCAGAAGGACUCUCCAUGUUUACUGGAGAAGAGGAAAUCUUUGCGUUUCAGCGCACGAUUUCCCGCCUCACAGAAAUGCAAACUGAGCAGUACUGGAAUGAAGGGGACAGAAGCAAGAAGUAACCGUGGCUUUUUCAUGAAUAAAACUCUCGACAAAUGA